UAUUUUUAAGUUCUGUAUCGAUAUGAUUAGAGAGUAUCGAUAUUUAAAAACCAUUUUUGUUGAUACAUUUAAAUUUACGAAGCAGCAAGAGCUUUUGAUUUUGUCUUGAGUUUUCAUUAAUCUUGCUUUUAUUUUUUUCUAAUUGACUGAAUUAACUUGUUAAAUUGACAAUGGAUAGUGCAUCUAAACCAAAGAAAAAGGUCGUGAAAUCUUACUGGAAUGGAAAGGAACACAUCAAAGCCAUCGGACCAGAUUCUCCAUUUGUUAUGUUGACAAAACUUCCAUUAACUUUAACUGGUAAUGCUGUGUACAAAGGUCACGAUUGUCUUAAUAAAAUUUGUCCUAAAAAAGGGAAAGCCGCGACACAAUCCCAAUCAAGACCGCUUCCACCGACACAACCAUCUAAAGCCAGUGAUAAUUUGUCUGCAACCAUUGACGCUGUCGCCAAAACAGGUGCCUCUAGAUCCCCCGGUAGACCCAAAAUUGGACAAGCGAUUCGUUUCCAUAUCUGGCAAACAUCUCUCGGCGCUAACAUCCCCAUUAAAUCUGCUGCCUUAAAAGCCAAAGUGGUCGAUUAUGAUCCAUCCUUUGACCUCUAUGAAGUUGAGCUGUUCACUGCCGAUCAUCCUUGCAUUCCUGAUUUCUGCAAACAGAAAUCGAAAAGGAUUGCGGUGAACAGCAUGCUCGUUAGUUGGGACACAUUAGCUGACCCAACUAUAUUGUAGAAAGUUUUUAUUGAAUUAAUUAUUAAAAAAAAAUUAAAAUGGAUCUUGGAUUUUGUUUCCUGAUCUCAUCAUUUGAUCCA